AAUCCUCAGAACAAAAUACAGACUUACAGAAAACAAAAAUCCCUGAAAUAGACGUACAGCCGUCGAUAGAAGAAUUAAGAAUAGAACCUUUAGUGGAAGAUACCGUUAAAGUUGUUAAUGUUGAUAAAAAUUCUACAGAUGGGCAAUCACUCGCAAUCGAAUUGGUCCAUCUAUUUGAAAAAAUAAGCUUGGCAGAAAAUAAUACUAAACGAGCCAAGGUGGAAGAAAUUAUGAGCUGGUACCAAUAUAGAAAGCAUUUCGAAAAAAGACUUGAUGAUAUCUUACCCGAAAACCAAAGAAAUGAUAAGAGAGCCUAUGAUUUAGCAAGUGGGCAGAUUUAUGAUGAAAUGCUACAGUAUCUUUCAGGUAUUUCUCGU